GGUCUCGUUAUUCUCCAGCCAAGCCGAAAAAGAUUAAAGAAAAUCAAUCGCUAAUUCGGACCCUCGAAUAUCCGAUUUCCAAACCCUAAUUGGAUCACCCAAUAUCAAAGAAGUAGAAGACGAAGAUGUCGAGAGUAACCAAUCAAGAGGAAGACAAGAAGCCCGCUGAUCAAACGGCUCAUAUCAAUCUCAAAGUCAAAGGCCAGGAUGGGAAUGAAGUGUUCUUUAGAAUUAAAAGAAGCACUCAAUUGAAGAAGCUUAUGAAUGCCUAUUGUGAUCGACAAUCGGUUGAGUUCAAUUCCAUUGCCUUCCUCUUUGACGGCCGCCGUCUACGUGCCGAGCAGACUCCAGACGAGUUGGAAAUGGAGGAUGGGGAUGAGAUAGAUGCAAUGCUGCAUCAAACUGGUGGUGCUAUUGCCGAAAUAGCUGGAUUUUAGGGUACGUAUGUGGUUAUUUAGUAGGAUUUAAAUGGCAGUAGUUGUGAGAUUAGGUUCUGUUAGAAUAUAAACCCCUUGACACUA